UUCAUUCCAUUUACAGUGACAGACAGAGAGAAAUCGCCAUUAAUAAUGGAAGAGGUGAUUGAGAAUCACGAUAACCUAUUGGAUCCCCAUUUCGAUUGGGAGAUCCCCUGCACGAAUUUCCCGGUCGACAACUUCAGCAGCAAUGGGGUUGUCAAUAAUUUCUUUCCUAAUCCCGGCUGGAAUAAUAACUACGAUUACUGGGCAGAUAACCAUCUCCAAAUGAUGAUUAACAGAGAUGGUAAUGCUGUGGUGCCUGCUUUCAGUUACUUCCAGGAAGAAGAGCUCUGCCCCUCGUCGACAGCAUCGCUGGAGCAGGAAUUCACGGCCAUGUAUUGUUCGGGUUCGUAUUACCCGAUAGAAAUGGCGGCGUCGUUCGGUGGGUUCCCGGAGGAAGCUUUAGCUGCUUCUGUUACUCCGUCGUCGGAAGCAGAGCACGGCGGCGGCGGGUUGAAGGUGGAGGAACCGGUUCAGGCGGCGGCGGCAUUGUUUAGCGUGGGAGCAUUUCCUCAGAGAAGGGGGCCGGGUGGUGCGGGAAGGGGGAAGAGGGCAGAGUCAGGGCAGCCGUCGAAGAAUCUGAUGGCGGAGAGGCGGCGGCGGAAGAGGCUUAAUGACCGGCUGUCGUUGCUCCGGUCUAUUGUUCCCAAAAUCAGCAAGAUGGACAGGACUUCGAUCCUCGGGGACACCAUAGAUUACAUGAAGGAGCUUCUGGAGAGAAUCAACACUUUACAGCAGGAAUUGGAAGAUCGGGGUUCUGACGAAUUCGCCUCCGCAACCGUUUUCAAGGACUCUGCCGGCGACGGAGGCGAAGCCGUAAUGAAGAAUGCUCCCAAGUUUGAGGUGGAGAGAAGGAAGGAAGAUACGAGGAUAGAGAUAUGCUGUGCUGCGAAGCCUGGGCUACUGUUCUCCACUCUCUCCACAAUUGAAGCAUUGGGUCUGGAGAUUCAACAGUGCGUCAUUAGCUGCUUCCACGAUUUCGCAAUGCAAGCAACUUGCUCCCACCAGGAAACAGAGCAGAUAACGGGGGCAAAUACAGGGGAUGUGAAGCAAGCAUUGUUUUCAAAUGCAGGGUAUGGAGGAAAAUGUUUGUAGGCAGAGCAACCAAUCAAAAGGGUAAUUGAGAGGAAAUUUGAAGGACCAAUUUGUUUUUAUUAGUUUAGUUGUUUGAUUGUUCUACCAUAUCCUUAGAUUUUGUUGCUUUUUUUUUGGGUUUGUUAAUUUGUUAGAUGAGGUUGUAACUUGUAAGAUUACUACUGAUGGCCACCCAUUGUUUCUUGAACAAGUUUUAGUAGGGCCGGCUAAUUAGAAGUUUAGAACCAUUAUGCACUUAAACAAUUAUGGCUAAACAUGCCAGCGCAGCUAUAUGUAGUUGUGUCGGCAUAUAUUGAAUAAAACUUGGUUGCAAAA